UACAGAUCAAUCCAUCGAGCCCAAGCUCCCAAAAAAAAAAACCAACAAUUUGAAUUGGAUACAUUCAGCAGCAGAAGACACCUAGUCAUUCGGGAAAAACACACCUUUACUCUUUCAAAUCCACACCAAAGUCUCUAAAACUAGAAAAGUUAAUACAAUAAUGACAAUAAAAGAAGGGACUCUUUAUCUUUUCUAUAAUGCUUCCCGAGUAGAAUUUUAGCUGCCUCAGCUCUAUAUAUUUCUCUCAGCACUCUUAAAAUUUCUCUGCUCCAUAUACUGAAAUAAAAGUCAUGGCAUCUUUACAGUGUAAAACCAUGGCAUUGGCCAUAGCUUUAGCUUUACUACUACAAGUAUGCUUUUUCACCAAAGUGCAAUCUUACUCUACUUUGUCAUCAGCUGAAAAAGUCACUCAAUUACCCGGGCAGCCUCAAGUGAGUUUCCAGCAGUUUGCCGGUUAUGUGACUGUUGAUCAGAAGAAACAGAGAGCCCUCUUUUAUUAUUUUGUGGAAGCUGAAGUCGAUCCAGCUUCUAAACCUCUUGUCCUCUGGUUAAAUGGAGGGCCUGGUUGUUCAUCAUUGGGGGUUGGAGCAUUUUCUGAAAAUGGACCAUUUAGGCCAAGUGGGAAUGUGCUCGUCAGGAAUGAAUAUAGCUGGAAUAGAGAAGCAAAUGUACUGUAUUUGGAAUCUCCAAUUGGAGUGGGAUUCUCUUAUUCUACCGAUUCUUCCACUUAUGAAGGUGUAAAUGACAAAAUCACAGCCAGGGACAACAUGGUGUUCUUGCAAAAAUGGUUCCUCAAAUUCCCACAGUACAGGAAUAGAAGCUUGUAUAUCACUGGAGAAAGCUAUGCUGGCCACUAUAUUCCCCAGCUAGCAGAGAUUAUGCUCCAAUUCAACAAGAAAGGGAAUUUGUUCAACUUGAAAGGAAUUGCUCUAGGCAAUCCGGUAUUAGAAUUUGCAACUGAUUUUAACUCAAGAGCGGAGUAUUUCUGGUCUCAUGGAUUGAUAUCAGAUACAACAUAUAAAUUAUUCACGUCUGCUUGCAAUUAUUCACGAUACGUUAGCGAAUACUAUAGAGACGCUAUAUCACCACUAUGUUUCAGAGUAAUGAACCUUGUUACAUUGGAAACCAGUAAAUAUGUUGACAAAUACGACGUUACUCUCGAUGUUUGUAUAUCAUCCGUGCUCGCACAAUCCAAAAUUCUUAGUCCUAAGCAAGUCACAGAGACUGUAGAUGUAUGUGUUGAGGAUGAAACUGUAAAUUACUUGAAUAGACGAGAUGUUCAAAAGGCUCUCCAUGCACGUCUUGUAGGAGUCAACCGGUGGCUUGUUUGCAGCAAUGUGUUAGAUUAUGAGCUACUUGAUCUUGAAAUUCCUAUAAUCCCUGUUGUGGGUAGAAUCAUCAAAGCAGGAAUUCCAGUUUUGGUCUACAGUGGAGAUCAAGAUUCUGUGAUACCUUUAACUGGAAGUCGAACACUGGUUCAUAGGCUAGCAGAAGAAUUACGACUAAGAACAAGUACACCAUAUAGAGUAUGGUUUUCCGGGAUGCAGGUUGGUGGCUGGACUCAAGUCUAUGGUAAUAUCCUUUCGUUUGCCACAGUCAGAGGGGCGUCUCAUGAAGCUCCAUUCUCUCAGCCAGAGAGAUCCCUUGUGUUAUUCAAGGCAUUUCUGGAAGGCAGGCCUCUACCAGAAUCAUUCUGAUCUAACGAUCAGUUCAGUGUAAUGAAACAAGAAUGAGAUUGGCACAAAAUUCAAAGGCACAUGCCACCGUUAAUCUCUCACGGAUAAAUAUUACAUUUGUUCAUUAUUUUGAUUAGUCCUCCAAGAGAAAGUUGAGAUCAAAAUUGUUGUUAAAAAUUAUGACUAAAAAAGGGAAAGUGAUACUUAAUGCA